AUGCGUUUUUCACUUCUUUCUUCAUUCUUUCUGGCUGGUGCCUCAACUGUCCUUGCUGAGCCAAGCAUUUCUUCCUUCCCCAACUCGCUGACGCUCUCGACUUCGUUCGAUCCUAUCAUCGCAGCAUACUGGACCGGCCUUCCUCACCAUCGUCGAACACCGUUCGCUGUCUCUCCUGACGGAAAGUCCGCUUUCCUUGCGUACUUGGACUCGACAAAGAAGAAUGUCGUCGUGCAGCAGGUUGAUACGACAGCUUUCACCGCUGUUGGUACUGCCGUGACAAUUCCAGGCUAUGAGGCUGCUGGGUUGGUGGCUCACGAUGAUGGAUUUGCCCUGAUGGCAACGAUCGAUGCGUCUGGAAUGACUGAUCUCCCAACUAACAACAUGCCAAUCGUGGCUCUCAUCCGGUAUAAGAAUGGAGCGGAAGCCUGGAGAACACCACUUAACGGACCAGGUGUUCAUAAGUCAGAAGGAUUGACUGCUACUCCAGACGCGAACGGCGAUCUUGUCUACUCUGCAACCGCCAAACUUUACAGCGCCUACUUCGUUGUCACAGCUUACACUGGUAGCGCGUCUGGUCAUUUCGGAGAUUCUAUCCAGUAUGUCAACGAUGCUGGUGCCCUUCAAACAAUCCCCUCGUCAAGCACAUUUGGCUGUUCCCACAACACUGGUAUCGGAAUCGAGGCUGCCGACGCACCACCUUUUGCUACCAUCUGCGCCGAAGACCAGGGAUCGAUCUGGUUGAACACCGAUACCCAGUACAUGGCCGGCGUCAAAAUUGCGAAUGAGAACACCACCAACGGAGUAAGCGGUGAGCCUAUGGGAGGCAUGUCUGGCUCCUACUCCAACUUGGCCCUCUUCCCUUCAAGUACCAACUAUGUCUUCGCCUGGCAAUCGCGCGGAGCAGUAGAUUUGACGACGAACGCCUGGCUCGGAGCUCCAUACACCCAGUGUAGCCCACGUUGGUUAAACCACAACGUCGCCAUCUCAACCAUGUCAAGCAAGAACAAGCUCACAGGUGCUGAAGCUUCCUCAACGGUCGGUGCGGCUGAUGGAGACUCUCAGGUAAACUGGAUCACCAAAUCAGAGACUGACGACCACCAAAAUGUUCACGUGGCUGCCAUUUCAUCUUCCCUCGCCCUCGUUACCUGGGAAACUCUCACCAGCCCAAAAUGUGAACCAGUCCCCCUCAGCUGCAGCGGCACCUACGCUGGAACCUCAUUCCAAGUCAUCGAUAAGACUGGCGCCAAAGUCGGCGCAGCUGUCACUAACACCAAGGUCUUCGUCAGUGGAGACAUCGCCAAUGUCGGUACGGACAAGGUUUGCUGGCCGUAUGUCGAUAUGACUUGGGAUUUGAGCAAGCCAAAGAGUUCCGGAACUCCUGUCACCAAGAUGAGCUUCGCAUGUGCGAGCAUGGGAGGUGGAAGCACCACUGUCUCGAGCUCAUCCGCAGCUGUUGUUGCCAGCUCGAGCGCUGCACCGGUUGUAAGUGCAACCAAGGAAGCAGUUAUCCCCUCUUCAACCGCCGCCGAUACCACCGCAAUCGCAACACCAAACUCGAGUCUUGUUCCAGUCGAGCCAACUGCAGAGCCCACUGUCUCAGUGCCAGCUACCUCAUCAGCUGAUGGUGCUGUCAACACUCCUGCACCUGCAAGCUCUAGCACCGAGUCCGUUGACUUCAUCACGGCCACUUUCCCAUCUGAGGGACCUACAACUGCCUUCCCAACCAACGUCUUCCCAACAGGUUUCCCAACAGCCUUGUUCCCUACCGAUGGCGAGACUGCCCUUCCAACGGCUCUCCCCACUGGAUAUCCCACAGGGGGAUACCCCUCUGGAUCAUGGUCCAAGUCCAGGAGCAAGCAUGGCCACCACCACACGACUUUCUCCACCAAAACGAGGACCGCACCAACAGUUACUCCUUCAGCUGCAGCGGAAGAUGAUGCCUGUGAGGCAUGA